AUGUCCUCGACUUCGUCUCCCACAGAUUCGACAUCGACCUCUGCAACGUCGACAGGUCCGGUCGCAGGAUUACUAUGGGUGACGACAAGCAUCCUGAGAAAAGACCUCCCUUCGUCGCUGCUUGACGCGUGGUACGAGGAGCACAUUGCCGACGUCUUGGCUUGUCCCGGUAAUGGGGGUCUUUUUCUUCGAUACAAAAACAUUGACCCGACCGCCGACACUUACGUGGACCCUAAAUUCGCAGAACGUACCACGCCGUCGGCAUCUGAGAAGGUCAUUGUCGAGACAUUAUGGCCCAACCUUGCCUUGGUGAAGCUGAGCGAUUUGGCCUGGCUGACCAGCAAGCAAUUCGAUGACAUGCCCAGAACUUCCAAGUUAUUGCCUCCCGAGCCAGACGGAUCGAUUGGAAGUGCGUUCAGCUGCUGGUAUGGAGCUCUGCGGAGUUACGAAACAGUGGGCAAGAUCGAUGAUAAGACUGGAAGCACCACUCGGCCCAAGUACCUGCUUAGUGUACAGACGAAGGACGCAGAUCAAUCCGUCUGGAAGGCGCUGGAUGACAAGUACGCGACUCUGCCAGGCUUCCGAGGCUCAGUCAGAUAUCGCAUUGUGGAAGGUUUGUUGGAAUUCGGGGAACCGGGCACAAUGCCAGCUGGGAUGGUCCUGUAUGAGUUUGACGGGGAUGCACCCCCUUCGGUGCUCACGGAUGAUCAUCAACUCAGGGCCGACGUAUGGGCGUUAACCAAAGAGGCGGGGGAUCCGUCGCUUCGCCUGUAA